AUGUAAAUACUUGAGAGAAUUGGUGAUGGAUUGUCUAGUGUAAUUAAUAAAUGUAUUAUUAAUCAUAAAUAAUGUGCUUUAAAAUCAUAUAAAGAGUGUUCACGUAAAUUGCGUGAGAGAGAAAUCAAAAUACUUAAUUCUCUUAAACACGAGAACAUUAUUUCAAUUUUAGAUUUUGAUCAAGAUUAUAAUUGGUACACAACUGCUUUGAUGAAAACAGACCUACAUUAACUCAUUAUCACUCAUGGACCAUUACAAAGUAUCACUAUCCAAUAAAUUCUAUUAUAACUAUCAAAUGCUAUACUUUAUAUGCAUUCAAUAGACUAUGUUCACAGAGACAUUAAACUCGAGAAUAUCAUGCUCAAUUCAGAAGCCAAAUUGUACAUCAUAGAUUUUGGUCUAUCUGUUUGUCUUCACACUUCCAAGUAAUAUCCUAGACAUUGUGGAACAGCAACUUACAUGGCACCAGAACUUAACUUAGAAGACAAAAUCAUCAAUUCUAAUUCACUCAAAAAAACAGAUGUUUUUGCUCUGGGAGUUGUUAUAUUCAUUCUAGCUUACGGUUAUCCUCCCUUUACAGUUGCCAUACAAUCUAAGUGCCGAUUUUGGAACAUCAUUGCCUAAUCAAAGUGGCAACAGUUUUGGAAUUAUUUUGAUAAACUAAUAAAAGCACCCACACAUCCUGAUUUCAAAGAUCUCAUCUAAAACAUGCUCGAACCAGAUCCAAACAAAAGAUUUACUAUUGAGCAAGUUAAUAAACAUCCAUUUAUCACUAAUUAAUCUAACUUAGAAGAACUCAUAGUCAAACUUAACAUUUGA